AUGUCAAAAUACCAAUACAGCAAGUUGGUAAUGGAAAAGUUCCUUAGGAGGUCCUUCUAUGAUGCUGUUUUAGAGCUGUAUGAAACAGCUCAAGGGACCCGAAUCAUUUCUGUCAGUUUGGAAGGCAACUUAUCACUUGUUGUUAAUAAGGAUGAAAGUUUUGUGAUCAAGCUCAAUGAGAUUGCCCAAAGAGCAGAUGACAGAGAGGAGCACCAGCAGCGAUUUAAGGCCACUGAUGACAUGAAACUUGAGGGUAGCGUAGACAGAUUUGUUGUGAAGAAGGAGGAAUUCCUGACCCAUGCUUCUGAGACAAAUUUUGGUCUUGGCAAUGAGGUUAUAAACCUUGAUAUUACUGGCAUUCCAAAAGAAAGUGACAAAUUUGCAUUAGACGAUAACAUGGAUAGCGGAAAGUCCAGUUUUGAUGAUCAGAAAUAUAAAUACCCAGACGGAGUACUUGAAAAGUUGAAUGACAGUAAAAUAGAGAGUGAAAAGUCCAGCGAGGGAGAGAGUGAUUCUGACGAAGAAAUAGAGGCAGAUUUUGGAACGGCUUUUCAGAGACAUGCAGUAGUGAUAAAUGAGAAUCAGCAGGUGAUACUCGGCAAGACGGAGAUAGAUGGUGCUAGUGGCUAUGACAUUCCUUUUUUACCAGUCAACCAGGUUGAAGAGUUUAAAAGGAAGUAUGAGUUCAAGGAGCAUGAGCAGUUAGAACUUCCUGAGAAAAAGCCGCCACGGAAAAAGAGAAAGAUGUCCUCUGUGGAAGGAGAUGAAGAAGGGAUUAAAGUAGAAGAUCGAGAAAAGGCUGGGAUUUCUGGUACGAGUGGGGAUGAUGGUAGUUCUGGCGGACUUCAACUUCUACCUCAUACAGCAACUGCUCCAAUCAUUGUUGAGGAGGAGGACAGUAGUUACACUGGUGGCAUGAGUGAAAGUCAGAUGGCCCAGCUUGCCAUGUUCCAGAUGAGGGAUCCUGGUGUAAGCAUGUUCAGACAGCAGGACUUAGAGGAACUGGCCAGGCAGCAGCAGCAGUGGCAGAUGGUUGCUUAUCAACGCAGUAUCAUGGAGAAGUCCUAUCUGCAGCAGCAGAUGCAACAGUACCAGCGGGACACUGAGCGUCUAAGAUGGGAGUAUGCAGCUCAGAGGGAUUUGGUGCCAACAAGGGACUACACUCCACACACAGACGACACAGAGAAGCUGUACAGGCCGACACAGAGCCAGAACACUGCUGCUGAAUCCGUUUUAUUGGCGUCUGCUUCUCUGGAACAGGUUAAAAAGAGUUCCAGAGAUAGUACUGAUGACAUGGGGGCGAGUGUAGAAAAACUGUCUUCUCAUUAUAUGCGUCUUUUAGCUGAAGAGCAUGUGGCUAGUCAGAUGGAUAUAGAUUAUGAAGAAGGAGAACUGCGACCCGAGUCUCACUCAUGUGUUUUGUGUGGAAUGAAAUGUACUGUAGAGCUGUUAAUGAGGCACAUGGAGAAACAUCGUGUGGACUUUGAGAGGUCAUGUUCUGUUUGUCAGUCCGGCACCCUGACAGGAAACAUGCUAAUUUUACACAUGGAAGCUUCACAUGGUCCUGAAACCAAUUUCCCAUUGCCAUCUUCAUCAUCCAAUUCAGCAUUACCCAGUACAGUUGCUGCUUCUUCCAUUGCCACCUCAUCCAGCACAGAUUUCUCCCAAGCAUUUCCUUCAUCACUGCAGACAGGCUACAAUGUCCAAGACGAAGAAGAAGAUGACGAUGAUGAAGCUACGGGCAUGAAACUGCCACAACAACCGCAGUCGCCUACUCACACAGUUGGCAAACCAGUUCUGAUUGAAGACACAGCCUCAGACUCCAAUAUAAAAUCUGAAUCUGAGGAGAGUUUUGAUUAUGCUCUCACAGCAACCUCCUCGAAAGAAGAAGGAGACGGUGAAUCACUUCUGCCUCAAGAUAACUUCCUGGGCAUCCCUUCCCAGUUCUACCCAUUAGUUGGUUGUCAAGUCUGUGGAGAAAAAUUUGCCCUCAGCGAAGCUCUUGAUCAACACGUGGAAACCCAACACAAGGACACUCACUGCUCCUACACAUGUAAGCCCUGCUGCUUGACCUUUGACACUCACGUUGAAUACAGCAAACAUAUGACGCGGCAUGAGGCAUCCUCCACAAACCUCAAAUGUAGCCACUGCCUUAAAUCUUUCAAAUCCGUGAAACAGUUGCGCCUGCACUACGUUGCGGCUCAUGCCUGCUGUCACUUCUGUGAAUAUUGCAGAGCAGGCUUUGCAGACGCCACUUCAUUGGAGCUGCAUGAGCAGCUGCACACCUUGGACCCUGACAAGUUAACAUUUCGCUGUGAUAUCUGCAGCAAAGCCUUUUACACACAGUCGCAGUGCAGCGCUCACAAGCGCACCCACAAGGAUGAGAAGGCCCAUGCUUGUGAAGUGUGUGGAAGCGCGUUCUUUAAAAGAGGAGAUCUCACCAAACACGUGCGCACGGUUCACUCCCCUAGUCGUUUGUUUUCUUGUAAGUUUUGUGGCAAGAAGGGCACCCGAAUGGACAACAUGCGUAGCCAUGUUCGCUCCCACCACAAGAAUAUGACUAGAGACCAGAUAGUUAACAUGAUUGAGGUUAUUGAGUAA